CAAUAUAAUAAGUUUAUUGUAUAUAAACAUAUUUGCAUUUUUAAAAAGGUAAAAUAAAUGGAAAAAUAACGACUAAUGUCCGCACAACCGAUGGCCAACAUACCCGAUACGCCAUAUUUUUGUAUAUUAAUAGAUAAUUCUAGACCGGCCACUCCCGACUGUGUCCCGAUGUACACCCGAACCAACGAUUGUUUUCUAACGUUUCGAACCCUAGACCUGCUCCGGGAUCAUCUAUUGAACGAUCAUUUGACUAACAGUGUUGCCGAUAAAGAUGCCGUCGAUAAGUUUAUGGUACGGCAUCUGGAGUACCAGGAUCAGCUCAUCAAAACUAUGUCCGAAAGUAUUAAGACUAUUCCCGAUAUGAGUAAAACCAUUUACGAGGGCUGUCCCGCAUGUGAUCGUAUUAUGAGUGUAUUCAACAUUAGGGAUGAGCCGAACGCCAAACACGAACUGGUCAUACGUAACAUAGAUAAAGAUUAUCCGGAAAGCAAUGUCAACCAUAUUAACCCACAUAUUAAAUAUUAUCCAUUUGAAUGUCGUAAGUGUGAGGAAGAGAUCAAAAACAGUGAUAAAACAUCGGAUAAUGAAUAUCGAAAAGUGGUUAAAACAGCUGUGAAAGCAAAGAUGAAACAACAUAUUAUUGACAAACAUUUGCGAACAUCGAAACUGGAGAGACACGACUUGGAGGUUGAGGUCGAAAGAUGGACACUACAGUUCAAAGUUGAAGAAUUGGAUAAAUUGUUGCGAAAGCCAACAGAGAAAUGGAUGAACGAGAAGGAGAAAACUGUUGAUACAUUAAAUAACUAUCAAAUUAAACCGAUCGCCGAUUUGCUACUGAAGUCGCUUACAGUAUCAAUAGAACCAUCUGUUAGUCAUUCGGAAUGUCAGGUCAUUGCUGAAGAAUCAUCUGAAGAGGAGGUAAAUAAUGAAGAGUUCGAUGCAUUGGCCGACAAAUCCCAAGUCUAUCCGUGUUUGUUCUGUUUGAAGAAAUAUAAGACCAGAAACAACGCAUUUGACCACUAUAUGAGACAUUUGACCACAUAUUUGGAGUGUGAGAAAUGCAAUUUAAAGUUUAAAACUAUUGGCGACUUUCGCCACCAUAAUCGUGAUCACAACGACAUUAAUAAUCUCAAGAAUUUUCUUGAAUACAAAGCUUCCCGCAAAUGGGUUAACCGGUUUUCAGAGUAUAUGAAAAAUCCUGAACUUAAAACCCGAACCUGUAGUUUGUUUUGUCCGGUUUGUCAAUUUGUGUCCAAUGUUUAUAAUAUUGAAGCAUUCAAUAAACUAUCCAUUGGUGAGACCAUUGAGAGUCAUAUCUAUCAUCAUUUACAGUAUUAUCCAUACGAGUGCAUCGAUUGUAGCUAUGAUGACAUCGACACCGAGUUUGUUAUGGAUGACAGUGCCCGACAACAUCUGAAAGAUAAACACAAUAUCAGUGACUAUAAGACUUGUGAAUUGAGUAUCUAUUUUAUGAAACAUAACAAUAGUAUCAAAAAGUUUGAUGAAUUAAUACCAGAAAUAGUUGACAUCACACAUAAAUUGACAAAUGAGUUAAAGAAAUUAUUUACCCCAUAUCCACAUCUAACACAAGUAUUCAACAUUAGGAAUGAGCCGAACGCCAAACAUGAACUGGUCAUCAGUAAUAUAGAUGAGAACAACAACUUUGUCGACCAUAUUAACCCACAUAUUGAUUAUUAUUAUUAUUAUUCAGUUGAAUGUAAAAAUUGUGGUAAAAAAUUGAAGAUUAAUGAUAACACUGCGGCCAAUGAGUGCCGAGAAUUGGUUAAGACAUCCGUCAAAGUAAUGAUAAAACAUAUUAUUGACAAACACUUGUCGACAUCAAAGCAGAAAAGACAGUCCAUUCAGACGAUGAAUAUUAAUGAAGAAUAAAUGAUAUUUUCAUUUCCUUAUUCUAUAUGUCUUUACAAUGGCUUUUGUAACAUAA